AUGGCAGAAGCAUCUGCUCUUAGUGUACAAAUAGCUCGUGGCUUAAGCGAUAAAGUUUACGAGAAACGUAAGGCAGCUGCAUUAGAAGUAGAAAAGCUAAUUAGAACGCAUUUAGCUUCUAAUAGUGUGGAAAAAAUUAGAAGUAUUAUUGAAAAACUCGCUCAAGAUUUUGUUAAUUCUGCGAAUCCAAAUUCACGUAAUGGAGGCCUAAUAGGUUUAGCAGCUGCAGCAAUCGCUUUAGGACCAGAUGUAGCUGCCUAUUUAGAUGAUAUUGCUACGCCAGUUCUUUCUUGCUUUACUGACCAAGAAUCGCGUGUAAGAUAUUAUGCAUGUGAAAGUAUGUAUAAUAUUGCAAAAGUUUCUAAAGGCGAAAUUUUAAGAUAUUUUAAUGAUGUCUUUGAUGUAAUGAGUAAGUUAGCGGCAGAUUCUGACUUAUCAGUGAAAAACGGAACAGAAUUAUUGGAUAGGUUAAUUAAAGAUAUUGCAGCAGAACAGUCAACCACGUAUGUUUCAGUUUUAGACUCCCAAAACCUCGUUUCAAAUGACGAACAAGAUUUUUCAACAGACCCAAUGGCAAUUCCAAGAACAACAGCAUUUUCGCUACCAAAAUUUAUUCCAUUGUUGGCUGAACGUAUCCGUGUUAAAAAUCCAUUUACACGAUUAUUUUUGGUUUCGUGGAUUACGGUCUUAGACUCAAUACCAGAUCUUGAAUUGGUUUCUUUUUUGCCAGACUUUUUGGACGGAUUAAUAAGUUUUUUGAGUGAUCCAAAUGAAGCCGUGUGCGCCGCAACUUCCAAUGCUUUAGCAAGCUUUUUGACAGAAAUACGCGAAGCUGUUGAAGUUAAAGAACAGCAAAAACAACAAGCUAUGAAAAUUUUUUAUGUUGAACAACAACGAAAAUUUGCAAAUUUAUCAGAAAAUAAUAAUGAAACAAGUGAUAGCUUGAAAGAUGGUGGCUGCAUUGACGAUGAUAAUCCUAAUUUGGUUAAAUCAGUUGAUGCUGGAGAUGCCUUUUGGGAUUCUAUAUCUAUAAGUGAGAUGGAGGGUAAAGGUAAAGGAACUUGGAUCCCUGGUCAAAGUGUAGAAAUCAAUUUUACCAAAAUUAUUGAAAUUUUAAUGCCACAUUUAAGUUCAUCAGUUGAACAGAUUCAAGAAACUGCAUUGAGAUGGAUAAAUGAAUUUAUUAAUAUUGCUAAAGAAGUGGUCAUCAGCUUUACACCUCAAUUAAUAAAUGCUGUAUUACCUUCUUUAGCUCACUCAGAGGAAGUCGAUCCUUUUGAUUAUCAUUCGACAGUUAGAUCAUUGGUGCAUCAAUUUACCAACGACCACGAAGAAACAAGGAUUGCAAGUUUGGAUUUGUUGAUAAUGCUUCAUAAAAAAGUACCAAAAAAAAAGAUACUUGCCUUUGAUGAUGGGUAUUUUCCAGAUCUAUUAAAACUUCUUUCAGAUCCAUCAGAGGAAGUUGCAAAGCGUGAUCUUCAGCUGCUUGCACAAUUAUCCUCAAGUUCCGAAGAUGAAUAUUUUACAAGAUUUAUGGUGGAUUUAUUGAAACUGUUUGCUACUGAUCGCAAACUAUUAGAAAACAGGGGAAGUCUGAUUAUUCGGCAUUUAUGUUUAAGUCUUAAUCCAGAAAGGAUAUACAUGAGCUUUGCUGAGAUUUUGGAAAAAGAAGAGGACAUAGAAUUUGCUUCAAAUAUGGUACAAAAUCUCAACAGUAUACUUAUAACGUCGCCAGAACUUUUAGAUUUAAGAAGAAGAUUAAAAAACUUAGAGGCAAAGGACGGACAAGUGCUGUUUACAGCAUUUGCUGAAAUAGAAAUCACAGUCAAUUUGUUGAUUCAAGUUGAUAAACUUGUUCAACUAUUGGAAUCGCCAGUUUUCACCUAUCUCAGAUUACAACUACUUGAACCAGACAAAUACCCACAUUUGGUAAAAUGUUUAUAUGGAUUAUUGAUGUUAUUACCACAAAGUAGUGCAUUUGCAAGUUUAAAAAAUAGAUUGACAAGUGUCAGUUCUAUGGGAUUUUUACAUUUGAUACCAAAAAGUCCAAACGAUUCAAAAAAAUCAAUUAGUAAAUUAUUAUCAUCAAGAGGCGAAGGAAUUAAGUUUCAAGAUUUGUUAACGCAUUUCAAAACAGUUCAAACAAAACAUGAAAAAGUUCGUAAACAAGCUCGUACUAUUCAUUUUAAGAAAGGUGGUGGUAGUACGCAUAGAAGAAGAAAUCAUGAUUAA